CCGCCCUCAUCAGCCUGACCUGGCUCAUCGGCUUCUUGAUAUCCAUCCCGCCCAUGCUGGGCUGGAGGACGCCCGAGGACCGCUCGGAUCCCGACGCCUGCACCAUCAGCAAGGACCACGGAUACACCAUCUACUCCACCUUCGGCGCCUUCUACAUCCCGCUCCUCCUCAUGCUUUACAGGGCGCCCCGCUUCAGGACCCGCAAAACCGUCAAGAAAGCGGAGAAGAGGAAAAUCGCCGACACCUGCCUCACUCCUUCCCCGGCCGCCCUGCAGAAGAAAAGCAAUGGGGAGCCCGGCAAGGGCUGGCGGCGGACUGUGGAGCGCAAGCCUGGUGUCUGUGUCAACGGCGCCGUGCGGCAGGGCGAGGACGGGACCGCCCUGGAGAUCAUCGAGGUCCAGCGCUGGAACAGCUCCUCCAAGACUCACCUGCCGCUGCCCAGCGAGGCGUGCGGUUCCCCGCCGCCCCCCUCUUUCGAGAGGCGCAACGAGAAGAACACAGAGGCCAAGCGGAGGAUGGCUCUGUCCCGGGAGAGGAAGACUGUCAAGACCCUGGGCAUCAUUAUGGGCACCUUCAUCCUCU